AUGGCUCCACACGAAUUCUAUGAUACCCAAGUAUUGUCGUUCCCUAUAAGGGCAAAGAAACCAACUACAGAUGAGCAGUUCAACUGCUUUGUUGACAUGAUUCAACAAGUGAACAUCAAUGUGCCCUUGAUGAAUGCAAUGAAGGUCCCAACCUACGCUCGCUAUCUCAAGGACAUAAUCAACAACAAGCGACCACUGCCAACUACUGAAGUAAUAAAGCUCACUGAGGCAUGCAGUGCAGCUAUACUUCAUCAAUUGCCCGAGAAGAAAAAGGAUCCAGGGUGCCCAACUAUCAGAUGCUCGAUAGGGGCACAGAGCUUCGACAAAGCCCUAUGUGACCCGGGUGCCAGUGUCAGUGUGAUGCCUAAGGCAGUCUUUAAUCAGCUCAAUUACUCAGCGUUGACUCCAACACCGAUGCAGUUGCAGUUGGCCAACUCCUUGGUACGACACCCGGAGGGAAUUGCUGAGGAUGUUCCAGUGAUGGUGCGGGACUGUUUCGUCCCUGUUGACUUUGUGGUACUUGAUAUGGAUAAUCAGAAGUACACCACCCUCAUUCUGGGAAGGCCAUUCCUUAAUACAGCAGAUGCACACAUCGAUGUUGGAGCCGGAGAAAUCCGACUCCAUAUCAAUGGUAAAGAGGAGAAAUUUGACUUCCGGCCUAAGAAGGAGCGGUGCUUAAUGAUCCGGGUCAAAUUUGGGCCAAAUCCUCAAAAGAUCAAAGAAGUCAAAGUUACACCUUCUCAUAAAGAUAGCCUUAUCACCUUCAUGAAGAUGUUCAUAAAGGUUGAUCAGACAAGAUCGAAAAGGUCUAAGAAGAAGGGUAAUUAA